UAAUGUCGGACAGAAAUUGCUACAAGUGCCAACAGCCGGGACAUAUCUCCCGCAACUGCCCGAAUGGCGAGUCCGAUGGUGGACGUAGAGGAGGUGGAGGAGGAUCCACCUGCUACAACUGCCAAGAGACUGGACACUUCUCUCGCGAUUGCCCCAAGGGAGGAUCCGGAGGAGGACAACGUGGAGGUGGCGGCGGCGGUGGAUCGUGCUACAACUGCGGAGGACGUGGACACUACUCUCGUGACUGCCCAUCCGCCAGAUCUGAGGGAGGAAGCGGUGGCUACGGAGGCCGCGGUGGAGAAGGCAGAAGCUUCGGCGGACAAAAGUGCUACAAUUGCGGACGCUCCGGGCACAUUUCCCGCGAGUGCACCGAGAGUGGCUCGGCCGAGGAGAAGCGUUGCUACCAGUGCCAGGAGACCGGACACAUCUCCCGCGACUGCCCAAGCCAGACCAACUAAAUCAAUCAUCAUUCCCCCCAUUUUCGUUGUCUUUUCAUUGUUCUGUAACUCGAAAUAAUGUAUUCAACUGAAACUUUCGUUCACUCCUUUUUCCAAUAAUCCUCUUCCCCGCAUCUCAAAUAUUAUAUGUGAAUGCUGGUUGCAGCUAUUAUCCCCCAUCCCAACCUCUGAACCUCUUGAACGAAAGUGGUAAUAAAUUGUUGAUU